GUCCAGCCCCCGGCCGGCCUUAUUCUUACUUCGGCUCCAAUCAAGGCGACGAUCGUUUCUGGAGCUUCCCAGGAGGGGCCCCUUGUUUACGGGACGGGGUCCAAGCUCAGCUCUUUCCUGCCGGAGAGAGAGCCAGCUUCAGAGCCGGAUGGAGGAUUGAGACUCUUCCCAGACUGCGCCUCACUGAAUCCUCCUUCACUGAGAAGCUGGUUUGUACGGCUCUGGAAAUCUGCUGUGAUGCUGGUGUGAGCAGUGGGAAACCGGUGUGAGCGGUGGGAUACCGGUGUUAGCCAGGGGAUAUUGGUGUUAGCAGUGGGAUAUUGGUGAUCAAGCAGGAUUCUGCUAUGGCCACCACCGUGACAGCCGGCUCAGCCGGCCCCAUCACCAUCGUCAAUAGGUUCAUCACCCAGCCCCACAUGGCCAGUGCUGCCAUCCCGGCCAAACUGCAGCCCCUGGAGAAGUUCCACAAGGGGGAGCCGCUGGCCCUCGGGAUCACCCAGAUCCUAGUUGGAGCUGUGCAGUUUGCUGUCGGGAUGGUGAUGGCUAUGGUCAACUCCUAUUUUUGGAUAUUGGCGUUGAGUGUGCACGUCCCGAUAUGGAGUGGGUUGCUGUACAUCAUCUCGGGGGCCCUCUCAGUGGCGGCUGCAAAGAAUCCCAAGAUACAACUGGUGAAAGGCAGCCUGGGAAUGAACAUCAUCAGCUCGGUGCUGGCCGGAUGUGCCAUGAUCCUGUACCUGGUCAGCUUGAUGGAAUCCAGGUAUCAGUACAGGUGUAACUGGUACCCGGAGGAAUGCAUGGCUUAUAAGGUAACCAUGGCCUGCAUCACGGUUCUGUCCCUGUUCACCUUCCUGGAAUUCGUUGUCUCCAUCUCCACUGCAGCCUUUGGGUGCAAAGCCGUCUGCCGGAACAGCUACAGCGAAGUGUCUGUGGUCAUUUACCAGAACAUGGUGCCUCCAGGUGAUCCAACUACUGCCACCAACACCCACACUGACGCUGUUGCCUGCACUCCUCCCCCUUACACGGACAUCGCCACCCCAUGAGCUGCUCCCUAGGGCAGCUACUGCUUGGAUCACCAGCUCCCUACAUACCGUGGAGACCCAAGCAGCAGAGUGGGAACUGGUCAUAGCACCUCACUCCCGACACUGAGCCUGCUGACCCCCAUGCACUGAUCACACUGCCCAUGGUGAGAGAGAUGCCUGACCCACAGCAUCACACAAUCGAUCUGCCGGUCUCCUGGCCCUUUCCGUUCCAUCCCUGUGGAUGGGAUUUCAGCCCCAGGUCCCACACUCUAUAACAUGUCCAGGCUGUCUCCAAUAAAACCUUUUUCUCUAAUCA